UUAGCAAUCGGCACUCUUCUUUCUGCUACUUACAAAUUUCUUCAAUGUGGCGAUUACUUCUGCUUCACAGAAAUUAUCUGCUAGAAGCCAUGCAUAAUUUAUAACAAUCUCUGGCAAAAGAUCUGCUCUUGUCUCAGGCAGAUGUCAGAGGCCGUGGCGGAGGCUGGUGAAAAUGCUCUUCAGAUGACAGUGACUCCCACAGACGAGCAGCCACUAGGCGCGUUCUCCAGAGCAGUAUGACACAGUCAGAAAGGAAAAAAGAACCACACGCAAACACACCGUGAAAUCGGAGAGGGGCUCCUUCAAGAGCACAGGGUUACAGCUGGUCUGGGGCUCGUCUGCAGGGCAGUGAGAGCCUUCCAACUCGGGUGGAAAAAAAUGGCCCACCAGGUGGAUCUGGAGUCCCUUAAGGAGUUAGAACGCGAGGUUGUUCUUCAAGUCCUGUACCGAGACCGGGCUUUGCGGAGCAUAGAGGAGGAACGGAUACGGAAGCUGAACACCCAGCUGCAGCACCUCCGGUGGAAAGGGGCGACGCGCCGGAGCCCCGAGGCCCGGGAGCAGCGCUGCGCGCGCUGCCAGCUGCCGCUGGGGCUGCUGCGGCACCGCGGGGCGGUGUGCCAGGGCUGCAGCCACCGCGUGUGCACCGCGUGCCGCGUGUGCCCGCCGGGGGCGCGGGCCUGGAGGUGCACCGUGUGCUUCGAGGACAGAAAUGUGAAAAUAAAAACCGGAGAAUGGUUCUUUGAGGAACGGGCCAAGAAAUUUCCAACGGAAGGCAGCCGGGAGACGGUCGGGGCAGCGCUCCUGCAAUCUUAUCAGAGGCUGAGUAAAAUUUCUGUGGUUCCUCCAACUCCACCACCUCUCAGCGAGAACCAUUGCGGUGGCAGCCCUAGCAGGUUGCAUGACCUUGGUCAGUUUAAAGCAUUUCAUAAGUCGGUGGAAAAUCUGUUUCUGUCUGUCACCACCCACAUGAAAAAACUCUCCAAGUCCCAGAAUGAUGUGACUUCUGAGAAGCAGCUUCUAGCCACGAACCCCGGGCAAGAUGGGAGCCAGACGGAGAGGCGGAGCCAGUCAGACACUGCCGUCCACGUCACCUCCAGGAAGGUCAGCUCGCCAGACAUUCUGAAACCUCUCCAUCAAGAAGAUCCGAAAUGCGCCACGGGCCCCGUUUUGAAGCAGAAGACUCCUCCGUCCAGUCCAACACGCCACACUUUAUUUUCUGGAGGCUCGAGACACGGAAGCUUAAUUAGCCUCAGCAGCACGUGUACAGAGAUGAGUAUUUUUGACAACGCUAAUGUCACCGGAGAAAUAGAAUUUGCCAUGCGUUACUGCUUUAAAACCCACUCUUUGGAAAUAUGCAUCAGGACCUGCAAGAAUCUCGCUUAUGGGGAGGAAAAGAAGAGAAAAUGCAAUCCGUAUGUAAAAACCUACCUACUGCCCGACCGAUCUGCCCGGGGAAAACGCAAGACUGGAGUCCAAAGGAACACCACAGACCCAACCUUCGAGGAGACCUUGAAGUAUCGCAUCGACCUUCCCCAGCUGGCCAGCCGGAAGCUGCAGGUGUCCGUGUGGCACCUGGGCGCGCUGGGCCGCCGGGCGUUCCUGGGCGAGGUGAUCGUGCCGCUGGCCGCGUGGGACUUCGAGGACAGCGCCAUGCGGGCUUUCUGCUGGUACUCCCUCCGGGCCAAGGGCGAGAAAUGCGAAGACGGUGCUCCUGGGAGUAAUGGAGAACUUGCUGUCCGGGCGAAGCUGGUCCUCCCCGCGGGGCCCCGGGAGGCUGGGGGAGAUCAGCUGGCACCUGAUGGUCAACUCUGUCUGGUGGUUCUGGGAGCCAAGAAUUUACCUGUGCGCUCAGAUGGGACCUUAAACUCAUUCGUUAAGGGCUGUCUCACUCUGCCAGACCAACAAAAACUGCGCCUGAGGUCUCCAGUGCUGAAGAAGCAAGCCUGCCAGUGGAAACACUCCUUUGUGUUCGAUGGCGUGACCCGGUCCCAGCUACGGCGGUCCAGCUUGGAGCUCACCGUCUGGGACCAGGCCGUGUUCGGGAUGAAUGACCGCCUCCUGGGCGGAGCCAGACUGGGCUCAAAGGCAGGCGCCGCCGGAGACCCGGGAUCAUCACGCUCGCAGUCAGCGCUUCAGUGGCACAGAGUUCUUUCCAGCCCCAAUUUAUGGACAGACCUGACACUCCCCCUGCACUGAGGCGAAGCUCCAGGCCGCCCUGCCGGGGUGCAGGUGGGUGGCAUGGGGGGGGUGUAUCGCUGAACAAGACCCGAGGGGUCA